AUGAUGUGCGAGAGCUUCAACUCCGAAUACCAAUUGUGCGAAGAGAUCGGACGCGGUCGAUUCGGCGUCGUCUACCGCUGCUUCUCCACCGCCUCCGGGGAUUCUUUCGCCUGCAAGUCCAUCGACAAGCGCCUCCUCACCGACGCCACCGAUCGCGACUGCAUCGACAAGGAGCCCAAGAUCCUCCACCUUCUCUCUGGCGGCCAUCCCAACAUCCUCCAACUUCACAACGUGUACGAAGACGAGCACUCAAUCCAGAUCGUCACUGACCUUUGCGACUCCGCCGACCUCUACGACCGCCUCAACGACGCCCGCGCCUUCUCCGAGCCUCACGCCGCCUCAAUUUUCCAGCAGCUGAUCUCCGCCAUUGCCUACUGCCACCGCCUCGGCAUCGCACACCGCGAUAUAAAGCCCGAUAAUAUACUUUUUGAUUCUCGGAAUAGAUUGAAAUUGGCCGAUUUUGGAUCCGCUGAGUGGUUUGGAGGCGGCGAGACGCGGACGAUGACUGGAAUUGUAGGGACGCCGUACUACGUGGCUCCGGAGGUAUUAUCCGGCAGGGAAUACAAUGAGAAGGUUGAUAUCUGGAGUGCCGGCGUGAUCUUGUACACAAUGCUCGCUGGUGUUCUUCCGUUCUACGGCGAGACGGCAUCGGAGACUUUCCAGGCGGUGCUACGUGCCAAUCUUCGGUUUCCGCCAAGGAUUUUCCGGUCCGUAUCACCAGAAGCCAAGGAUCUGUUGCGGAAGAUGAUCUGCAAAGACGUCUCGAGGCGUUUAUCGGCUGAACAAGUUCUGAGGCAUCCAUGGGUGAUUAACGGAGGACAGACCGAUUCCAUGGCUGAUCUGACCUGA